AUGUCAGAGGAAGAGUUUUAUAUGUGGACUGGUUGGGGCAGAGAAGAGUUAGGUAUUAUGACUAAUUCGGUACCCAAAAGUUUUGGACAAAGUCCUAACAGAUCUUCAGAAUUAGCUGUCAUUAUAUUUUGGUUAAAACUUCGAACCAAUCUUUCCUACGAUCAAAUAGGAACGUUAAUGAAUUACAAAGCACCAUUAACUGAUCAAAGGAAACGUGUGUCAGAGGCUUGCGCGGCAGUUCAACAAGCCUUAAUUCGAAAUUUUGUACCAAAAUAUCAUGGUGUGCAACAUUUAAGUCGAUCAGAAGCCCUAAAACAUCAAACACCCUACACGAAAACAUUUUUUGGAGACAAUGUUGCAUUAAUCCUGGAUGGAACCUAUUUUUAC